GGGCAUGGGUUCAACCCUCCAAAAAGUAAAAACCAAAAUAAUAAAUAAAAAGGAAAAAAAAAACCCUUUUUAUUCAUCCCAUAAAUCUGAUUUUAUUUCCUUCAAUCAAUUCAUAAGAAAAAAAAUUAUUAAAAUUUCCACCAAAAAUCCCAAACCCUUCCAUUAAAAUCAUCAGAAACGAAAAAUCAUAAUCAUACACGCUCUUCAGUUCAAAACGCAAAAUGGAUGCGUAUCAGCAGCAGCAGCACCGCUACAUGCGACCGCCGCCGCCGCCACCUCCGCAAGCAUCUCCGACUGAUCCUCACCUCCAACAACAACAUUAUUACCAGUACCAACCACCGCAACCUCCUCCGAGAGCAGCUGCACCGCCACCACCGGGUUCAUGGUACUCUAACCAAUUCCAAUUCCAGUAUCAGCAGCACCACAAUCAAUCUCAUUCUGCGCCGCCACACCACCACUCUCCUUCCCCACAGCAACCACCGUCUCAGUGGGGUCCGCCUCCUCACCCUGAUCAUUCUGCUUAUCCUCCGCCUCCUCCUCUUCCUUUUCCCCCGCACCACCAUAACGGAAGUAACCAUUUCGCUCCGCCGCCACCUCCUCCUCCUCCUAGACCUUACAUGCCUCCUUCGCAGAUUCCCAAUACUUUCUCUCAUGUCAAUCAGGAAUGGAGCAAUCCAAAUUGGUCUCAUCAUCAAGCCCACAACAACGUGGAAGAUUGGGGAGCCAAAGCUAGAGAAUGGGCAAACACUAGGGCUGCCAUGCAGGACCAGCCGGUUCAAUCACAAAUUACUCCAGCUGGCCGGCCGGAGGAUCAAAACCAUUUUCAUGAUCCAUAUUCACAAGCUGUUGAUCCUCAUUAUAUGGAUGCUCAACAGGCACUGCCAAUUUCUAGCUAUCAGCAGUUCCCUGUUCCAGCAGCAUCUCCUCAUGGACCACCAACAACUUAUCCGACUGAGACUUUGUCUAACAACUCCAGAUCAUCUUCAUAUAUUCCUGAUGGUUGUCUACCCUACAAUGUGAGAGAUCGAACUUCAGCAAGGGAUCCGAACAGUGGAUUUCUUCACCAAGAAAGUUUACCUGCCAGUUCAUCUGUUCAUCUGCAGGAGGUACCUUCUAGUUAUUCUCCAGUUUCAGGGAAGGAAAAAUCUGCAGAUCAAAAGGAGCAGUCAUAUAAGCCAUUUCCCUUGCCCAUUUCAUCAGCUCAAGAGUCGGCAUAUCAUAUGCAACCUCCAUUGCCUGAUACUGGGAGAUCAGUGCUCAGUGAGCAAUCUUUGUUGUAUGGCAAUCAGACAGCAGCUCCUGCAGCUGAUCUUAGUGAUCGCCCUUUAGAUUUUGCACCUAGGUUUAAUAAUGAUCAUGACCCACAGAUGCUGUCCAACUAUGCUGCUCAUCAUGAAUCACUUGGAACUGUGAGAGGCGUUGAUCCCGUUGCUAUUUCAUCUUCAAUUAAUUCCUGGACUCCUCCAGUAGCACCUGAUGCAGUUUAUCCUCCAGUUCUUCCACCUGGAGCACAGCAUGACCCGUUGUCAGCGCCUUCCCCUGUUUCUGGACACCCAGCACCUUCAUUUCCAAGGUUUCCUGGGCCAAGUUUUCAGCCACACAUUCCAUCUGCAACUGCUCCUUUUGGUCUUGGUGUGGGAGCUCAACUUCAUCCUGCUGCAGCCUUUCCUGGUGAUACGUAUGGAGCCAUUCCUGAACGACCCAAAAAGGGUCCUGUGCCUAAUUGGCUUAAGGAAGAAAUAUUAAGGAACAAAGCCACUAUAGCCAAGUCUUCUCUAGAACAGCCUAAAGAAGAAACAGAAUCCAUUGAGGAUGAAGCUGUUGAUAAAUCCUUGGCUAAAAAUGAUCAAGCAGAUAGCAAAAGCAUUGAUUCUUCUAAAUCAACUGAAGAAGAGGAUGAUGAUGAGGAUUAUGUUGAAGCAGCCAGAACUGCAGCUAUUAACCAGGAAAUAAAACGUGUUCUAACUGAAGUCCUUUUAAAGGUCACAGAUGAAUUGUUUAGUGAAAUUGCGACCAAAGUUGUUAAUGAAGAUGACUCAACAAUUGAAGUUGACCACAACACUGCUGCUUCAAGUCACAAGGUAUCACCAUCUACUUCACUUGCCCCAACUCCUAAGGCUUCUGCAAGGGUACUAGUUCCAGGUAGAGCAAAAGAACCAGACACUGGUGGUGUUACAGAAAAAUCUAGUUCAAGCUCCCCUGGCAAUGUUCUGGGCCUUGCAAAUUAUGCCUCUGACGAUGAAGAUGAUGAAAUUCAAAGUGCCAAGAUACCAGAUUCAAGGAGUAAUGAUGCUGUUCUGCAGUCCAGCAUUAGGAAGCUUUCACGGGACAUUGAUGUAACAGAGAAUGGCAGUUCACAGGUCAUACUUGAUGAGCACAGGGGAGUUGAAAAGAAUUUUGGAAGUGAUUUGAAGUCUGAAAGCAGAAGAGACACUACUGAUGACAGUGCAGAUAGGAACUAUGAAAAUUCAUUUUCUUCCAAGUUGAUUUCUGGAAAUGAAAAUAAUAUUAUUAGUCGAAAGCUGCAGGAUGGAAAUAAUGGUUCUAAGAUGGAUGAUAUUUUAGGCGAACGGGUUAUAAAAAAAUCUGAUUCUGAGCUGCCUGAUGAAGGUGGUGUUAAAAAAUCAACAAAAUCUGAAUCGCAAAGUAGGGAAACAAGAGUAAAAUCAGAUAAGAAUGAUCGACAUGAAAGUAGAAAGAGUUCUUUCAGUAAAGACCCUGAUAGUGGUAGGGAGUUGGAGGCCAUUAAGAGUAGGGGAGAGCAGAAGGGAGAUGAGAAUCAUAUGAGAGAGGAUGAGAGGCAUAGAAAACAAAAGAUAGAAGAUAGAAACAGCUCAAAAGAGAGAGAAAAAGCCAAGGAAUCUGAUUCAAGAAAAAGAUCCAGUCAUCAUGAUGCCAAGGAUGACAAGAAAGAUGCAGAUAGAUCUAACAGAGCUAGUGCCAAAGAAGAUGUUGGCAGAAAAAGAGAACGGACAAAAGAGGAAGACAGGUCAAGACAUAAACGUGGGAGUGACUCAAGCAGGCACAAGAGAAGAAGGUCCUCGUCCAUUAGCAGUAGAGGCAGGAAGAGCAAGGAUAACUCCAGUGAUCAUGCUAAUGAAUCAAGUGAUGAAACAUCAGAUGGUUCUAAAAGGAAGUCACGUUCAAGAAAACAACGAUCUUCACCUUCUCCUAUCAAGUCUAGAAGAAGACAAGUUUCGCGGUCACCACAUAGCAAGCAUUCUCAGCGCAGGCAUUCUCCCUACUCUUCUUCUGAGACUACCAGGGGAAGGAAGUCAAGGUCGAGGUCACCUGUUCGGCGAUAAAAGACGUUCGAAACAACGGGUUUCAUUUCGUUUAUACAGGUGCACAAGCAUAUAAGGACAUUUCCGUUCUGGGUUGAAAUCUGCAAUUCACUCGUAUCCAGCAACAAAUGGGAUGCAUGAUGAAGAGGAAGCCGAGAUAGGUAUGCCAUUAUAAUAUAUUUCGACGAUUACUGUAUCCGUUGCUCAUGAUUUCAAAAUAGUCCUACCAGUAAUCCGGUUCCCGAAUAUUUCUUUCUCAUCACCUUGUUCUCGAUUUAUUAUUUUCCCAGUCUGUUUAGCCAUAUAGGCCAUGUAAUGUGAUUUUUGUUGUAAGUUUUGUACCAUCUUCAUCUUUUUUCAGUUGCCCCACCCAGUAGCUUAGCUUUAUGUAAUUUCUCUCUUUGGUGUAUAAAAGAGACUUUUUCCUUUUAAUUCUAAAACCUAACCUAGCUGUUAUAUA